UCGCGCAUGCGCAGUUAGUUCCUCCGUCUUAAUUUUAUUUACUCUUCUCCAAAAAUCCAAGAUGGCUGUUGUGAGUGAAGAAGCUUCCCUCAGUGCAGUUAGUCACCGAACAUGAGCACGUUACCGCGUCGCCAGCCUGGAGGAGUGGGGCAUUGUUUAUAAACAGAACCUUUAUCAGACUAUCUGCUUGUGUUUAGAGAAGUUAGUGUGUGUGUGUGUGUGUGUGUGUGUGUGUGUGUGUGUGUGUGUGUGUGUGUGUGUGUUUGAGGUGAAGUGACUCUGCUCCAAAUGGCCGAACACAGAAAAGUCCCCUUUGUCACUCUCUCGGCCUUCAGCAGCAGCAGCACCGCCACCGCCGCCCCUUCUGCGGGGUCCGAGGCCAGGAAACGGCGCGUGGACGCGGACGCGGAGCCGCGCGUGAGUCGGGAGACGGGACUCGGGGCUCCUGAGGCGCCUCAGUCGGGUAAAGCGCAAAGACCCACAGUGCGGAUUAACAUCAACCUGCCGGAGAGCAACGAGCUGAGCUUCCCUGAGUACAGCUACAGUGACCUGCUCCAGACGAGGAAAAGUUCUCCCUCUGUCAAACAAACUCCCGGCCCGUACGACGACGAGCAGCGACAGAAACAGGAAGUGGAAGCGCUGGCCAGAAAGUUUGAGGACAAAUACGGUUCAGGAUGCAGGACGAAACACAAGGACCGGGUGGAGGAUCUGAUCGAUAUCGGGUUUGGUUACGACGAGAACGACUCGUUCAUCGACAACUCCGAGGCCUACGACGAACUGGUUCCUGCGUCUCUCACCACUAAACUGGGAGGUUUUUACAUCAACACCGGGACGCUGCAGUUCCGUAACGCCUCCGAGUCUGACAGUGACGAUGGAGAGAGAACAGCAGACACCAGCAGGGGUGAUGAAGAGUCUGAGGUGAAGAAGAGGAAGAGGAGAGAUGAAGCAGAGCUGGAGGAGGAGGAGAAGAAGAAGAUGAAGAUGAAUAACCGGCUGACAAAACCAGGCUCCUGUCGUCCGGAGAAGAAGAACAAGAAGCUGAUGUUGGCGUCGAUGCUAAAACGCUUCGUAUCCGAGAAGAAAGAAAUGUGCAAACUAAACCUGACUCACAGCACACAGCUCCUCCAUGGUGACUUCCUGCUCAGUGACCUGACCUCUGACCCUGCAAUGAUGUCACUUCUCACCUCAGCCAAUGAGAGCGAGCUGCAGGAUCUGCUGAAUGACCUGGACUUCAGCAGUCUGGACUCUGCACCUCAGGUGAACAAUGGACUGAUGUGCACAGGAGCAGCGGAUGGAGCCUGUGUGAACCCAGAGGCAGAGAUUGUGUGUCCUCCUCCUCCACCUCUCCCUAAAGGUCUCCCCGCCCCACUGGUCAAACGCAUCGAGGACCUGCGAGCAGCCUCCAGACAGUUUGAUGAGGAGGGCAGAAAGAAGUUCUUCACCUUGGACAUGAAUAAUAUUUUGUUAGAUAUUGAGCUGCAGGUACAACAACAGUCUCCCUCCAUUCGCUCUGCUGUAUAUUCUCACCUUGAGGCUUUUGUUCCAUGCAACAAGGAGGCUUUACUGAAACGUCUGAAGAAACUCAGCCUCAACAUCCAGGAUGAUCGUCUUCGCACUCCUCUGUUGAAGCUGAAGUUAGCUGUGUGUAGUGUGAUGCCUGAACAAACAGCCAGAUACAACAUGGACUGUAUGGCUAAAGUAGCAGCAAAGCAGCAGAUGGAGGAUGGAGAGAGAAAUGUCUCAGAAGAUGAAGAGGAGGAGAAACCCGGGAAACGUGUGGUGGGGCCAAGAAAGAAGUUCAUCUGGGACGACAAACUGAGGACUCUGCUGUGUAACCUGGUGAGGGUGAAGUUGAGGUGUUAUGAGCAGGAGAAGAGUUCUCUCUCUGUAGAAGAUUAUCUCAAAGUCUUCAUGGAGAACGAGGUCAAACCGCUGUGGCCCAAAGGCUGGAUGCAGGCCAGGAUGCUGUUUAAGGAAAGCCGUACUGUGCAUGGUCACCUUACAGACCUGGUGAAGAAGAGGAUAUUUUCCACCCCCAAAUCUGUAAAGGAGAUGGGAUUUGACCCAGUACCAUGUGUAAGCCCCGCCCCUUUCUCUUCACACCUGCCCUCAGAGACGAUCUGCUUGUCUGAUUCGCUGGAUGAAGAUCUGGCCACAAACUCUCUGGAAUCCAUCGCUCAGGCUCUGACUCUACUCAAUGGUAUAAACCCAAACUCUGCCCCCAGCACCUCUUCCACCCCUCCUGUUGUAGCGAAGCCCCACCCACAAACAGCGAGCCCCACCCCCUUUUCACAGUCUUCCAUGCCAAAAGAUGUCUCUUCAGUGCAAAGACAGACAGUGACACCUGCUAGUAAACCCAGCAACACUAGCACCACCACCACACCUGCUAAGCCCCGCCCACCUCCUACAACCACACCUCUGCAGAAGCCAUUUGGCACAGUAGGGAUAAAGUCUGGUGGAGCCACACCUCCCACGGCUCAGAUUAAAAACCCUUCAAAAAAAUUGUGUGGUGACGGUGGUGCACAAAAGCCAAGUGUGAACUCUUUAAACACUAAAAGUUUUCAGCAAGUGACCACGCCCUCUUCACCAUUGCCCUUCAUCCAGAAAAAGGCCACGCCCACUGGACACCACCAGCAGAGGUUUAUAACUCCGAUGCAAGCCACAAUCACAAAGUCUUCCCAAAGUAGCAACUCUCCAAUAAUCAAACUCACACACCGCCCUCCUGCUCAGACAACGCCUUCUGGCUCCACCCACCGCCCUCCUGCUCAGACAACGCCUUCUGGCUCCACCCACCGCCCUCCUGCUCAGACAACGCCUUCUGGCUCCACCCACCGCCCUCCUACCCAGACAACGCCUUCUGGGUCCACCCACCGCCCUCCUACCCAGACAACGCCUUCUGGCUCCACCCACCGCCCUCCUACCCAGACAACGCCUUCUGGCUCCACCCACCGCCCUCCUACCCAGACAACACCUUCUGGCUCCACCCACCGCCCUCCUAUCCAGACAACACCUUCUGGCUCCACCCACCGCCCUCCUGCUCAGACAACGCCUUCUGGCUCCACCCACUGCUCCCCUGUUCAGACCACACCUUCUGGCUCCACCCACCGUCCUCCUGCUCAACCCAUGCUCUCAGGCUCUGCCCACCGCUCUCCUGUUCAGUCCCCUGCCCAUCAGCCCCCUACUCUCACAGUACCUCCUGGCUCCACCCACCGCUCUUCUGUUUCUACUCCCUCCCCUCCUACCACUGUCCACCACCCUUCUAUUACCACUCCCACAUCUGGUCACAUUAAUCGCCCUUCUGCCUCAAAUUCACAGAAUAUUGGCCACACCCAUCAUGCCCCUGCUUCAAAACCUCCUGCUUCUGGCUCCACCCAUCGCGCCUUGGUUUCAACUCCACCCUCUCCGAGCUCACAUCGCACGUCAGUUCAAACUCCUCCGAGUUCCGCCUACCGCCCGUCCGUUCCCACUCCACCUCCUAACCUCGCUCAACGUUCUCCAGUGACCACUCCUCCAUCUGUUUCGUCCCCUGCUCCCUCCUCUUGUCCACCUGUCCUGACUCCUACACAGUACAACCCGAAGAGUUCAGGAUUCAAACCACCUUUCAGCCACGCCCCUGUAGCCACGCCCCACACUUCUAGCUUCCAAGGCUGUAACCCCACAUCGGUUGCGACCAAUCACGGACAAAGGCAGAGAUCAGUGGGAGGGGCUAAUCAGAGCAACAUGUCAGCCAAUUGUGCCUCGUCCUUGGGCCUGCCGUCUCUGUCUGACUCCGCCCUCUUAAAUCAGGUGUCGUCUGUGCCGUUGGGUUUGGGGAUGUUCGGGGGUCUCGUACCCGUCUCACUGCCCUUUCAGUUCCCUCUGCUCAACUUUGCCCCGGCUGGUGCAGCCACACACCCCCCCAGCUCAGGAUACACCCUGUCACCCAACCUGGUUAAGAGUUUGCAGUCAGGUGUUCAGGCUCUUCCUCCUCACCUGCAGCUUGCUUUCUCAGAGUCGAACCAAAGUCAGGGAGGAGACGUGAAGAGGAAAUGAGACGAGACGUGAAUGUAACCCCAAACCCCCACUACAGAGCUGUUAUUAAAAAUAUACAUUCUAUUAUUAAUAAUAAUUUUAUGAUUCUGACUGUAGACGAUAUGGCUGUGGUUUUGCUUCUGUUGUUUGUGAAGCUUCUGGACCUAACCGACUGAAACGAUCCUCCAAGACUUUUUGAACCCUUCAGACCCCGAAAAAAUCAGUACAAACGCACGUCAGUGUAAAAUAGUGACUCAGACGGGCGGAGUUUCAGUUGUUAGCGUCGACACCUGACAUGUUAGGACUGUGUGGUUUGUGGGAAUCGUUUACAAAUGAAUUUGAUAAAAAUACAAAAAAAAUAUAUAUAUAUAAAAAUUUUGCAAAAAAAAAAAAUUGCAAAGUGAUAAAAUGUAGCAAAGCUUUUCGACUAAAAUCUCAGUAACUCCUGAACCUUUAGUUUAAUAACAAGCUUUAAAGCGUCGCUCUGAUUGUAGAAUCAUUUAUUCACGGACAUUCUGUCGCUUAGCUCUUCACACCACUAAGGGGCGCUGAAGUGCACAAACUUUAUUUACUUCUAACACUGAAUAAUUACAUGCAUUUAUUUUUGUUUUUGUUUUUCAGCAACACUAAUUUUGUAUAAUCGUGCAGGUCAUGUGACCAGGCGUGGGGUCUGAAGGGGGUUUUGGAGCUAAAGGUGGAGCGAACGUUGUAAUUUCUGAUUUUGUCACUAUGUUUACAUACGACCUUAAUCACUGUGGAAGGAAGUGACAUAAGUUAUAUUUGUUUGUACUGCUGGUGGUGUGUGUGUGUGUGUGUGUGUGAGUGAGUGAGAGACGUUUCUACACUCGCUCUUUUUAUCCUGCAGAAUAAUGAAAGCAACUCGAUGUUUUUGCUGUUUAGUGUUUUAAAGUGUUUCAGUUAUUUAUGAGCUUUAACACAGCAACAUUUCAGCCUCAUUUGUGAUUUAAUACAAAAGUUUAUAGAUAGAAAUAUAAACAUCUCGAGUGAGUGUGUGUGUGUGUGUGUGUGUGUGUGACUGUAACAUCCCCUCAGUUGCUCAGUUUCAGUGCUGUAGACUCACACUGGACCUUGGUAUGAAACUUGAAUUUGCUUUUAUUUUUAUUUUAGAGAGUGUGUGUGUGUGUGUGUGUGUGCGCACGUAGAUGAACGUUUCUUUUGUGAAGGAUUUUUAGUUCAGUGCUACUUUUUGAUCAGACGUGUGCCGAUAAUCAGACCACAAUCUGAUGAUAUUUGUGGUUUUCAUGUUUGUUGAUGCUCCUUGUUCAGAUUAAGGGACCCUAGAAGGUAGCGUGACUCUCGGGUGUGAUCUAUAGUGCACUACAUGCUGUGUGGUUAGUAACAACUACACACACACACUACCCUCACUACCCGGGGGGUAGAAUAUAAACUCCUCACUCACACGUGCACUACAUAGGGUGCAGAAUGAAUCACAUGAACGUUAUUCAGCAUAAAUCCUCUCUGUUUGUUCCCUAUGUGACGUGCACAUCAUUUACCUACCUCUAUAUACAUAGUGCCUCAUGUAGGGUUUAUAAUGCCACUUAUAUGCUUCACUAGUUUAUGUCCACUACAUAGGGUAUCAAUAAUGUUCAAUGCCCUACACAGUAAAUAAGAUGGUGAUGAGUCCUUAGUGCACUACAUGGGGGUUCUUUCAGAAUGUCAGGUACAUUUCCUGUGUAAGUGCCCUUACUCAGACACCCUACAUAGGGCACUAUAUACAGUAAGGGAGCGACAGGGAAGGUUUUACUCUCCCUACAUAAAGCAAUGAGACCUGAACAGAAAAUAUACUGAUUAUCGUCACAUGGCUGUAAACUGAAACGCCUUCGAUUGUGAGAUUAAAAACAAACUAUGCAGGAUGCUUCAACACUCAACUGUUAACUGUGUGUGUGUGUGUGUGUGUGUGUGUGAGAGAGAGAAAUAAAUACCUCUGUUUAGUAUCAGUGCUUCUCGAGCCUGGUGAUUUUUUUUUUCAUUCAUUUUAGACAUUUAAUAUUUUUUAGAGUUGAAACGAACGGAUUGAUGGCCAAAGAUGAUUGUGUUAGUGUGUGUGUGUGUGUGUGUGUGAGAGAUAUUGAACAAGCUAACCUCUGUAGCGUACCUGAUCUAACCGUGUUGUCUGUACGUGAAUAAUGUGGACAAAAUUUUAAAACUUAAGUUUUUUUUCUUAAAGACACUGAUAUGUAAAGAUAAGAAUUUUAUUUGAAGUAGAUUAUUUUUGUCUGUUUAAUAAAAAAUGCCAUCAUGA